AUGCGCACGACCCGCAUCACCGAGUUGACGUGCGCCCCUCAGGCGAUGGCCUCGCAGACUCACCGAGUUGACGUGCGCCCCUCAGGCGGCGGCGAGGCCGUCGCUCCCGGCGCUGCUGCGAGUUCCUCCGAUAGCAGCGCCCUCGUCACUGCCGCCGACGCCGCUGCGGUCGGGAACCUGGUGGAGGACGACGAGUGGCUCGGCCUUGCGAUGGAGAUGGCCAUCCUCGUCCGCGUCGCUGUUCGCGAGGAGGCGAAGAAGCAGAUCCGCGGCUUCACCAGCAAGGACGACUACAAGAUCGGCGACCUGUCGAAAGAGAUUGACGCUCGCGUCAGGGCGGAGGUGGCGCGGCUGCGAGACAAGGACGAGUACGAGCUGGGCGACCUCUCCGUCGCCCUCGAUCAGCUGACCAAGGAGCAGGUUUGCAAGCUCACCGGCAAGAGCGAGUACGCGGCGGGCGACCUAUCAGUCGAGAUCGACGGCCGCGUCAAGAGCGCCGUGGCAGCCUUCUGCGGAAAGGAGGAGUACACUACGGGCGAUCUCACGCGCGAGAUAGACCGGCGCGCAAAGUCGGCCGUGGCGGACUUCACGGGGAAGGAGCAGUAUACCUUCGGCGACAUCAGCCGCGAGCUCGAGAGCCGCAGGGCGGCGUGGGUGCAGGAGUUCACGGGCAAGUCCGACUACCAGUUCGGCGACCUGACCAAGACCUUCGUCUCAAACUUCACCGGGAAGGGGGAGUACCAGUUUGGUGACAUCACCAAGAGGGUGGGGCAGAUGCUGUUUGGAAACAAGCAGGUGAAGAAGGAGAAGCAGUGA